GCGGCCCGGGGGAGCCGCAGCCGCCGCCGCGCCCAUGGCGGAGCCGCCGCGCCCCGCGCGCCGCCGCUCGUGCCGCGACACGGACUGCGCGGAGCGGCCGCUGCGGCGGCUCUUCGAGGCGCUGGGCGGCGUCGUGGCCGCGCGGCCCUGGCCCUUCGCGCUGGCGCCGCUGCUGCUGUCGGCCGGGCUGGGCGCCGGGUUCCUGCUGCUGCCGCGGCGGCAGGCGAGCGACAUCGAGGCGCAGUUCACGCCGGCGCAGGGCCCCGCCAAGGCCGAGCGCGCCUUCGUGAUGCGCCGCUUUCCCGCCGACGGCUCGGAGCGCUUCUCCGCGUCGCGGCUGCCCACCGAGGGCGCCUACGCCGCGCUCGUCGCCGUGGCGGCGGCGGGGGGCUCGGUGCUGGCCCCGGCGGCGCGGCGGGACGCGCUGCGCCUGGACGAGGCGGUGCUCGCCCGCGGCUACGAGCGGCUCUGCGCCCGCAACGGCGGCGCCUGCGUCCCCGCCAACCCGGUGCUGCCGCUGCUGCGCGACGCGGCCGCCCUGGAGAGCCUCGCCUUCCCCGUGCACGGCCGCGAGUUCCUGGGCGCCGCGCUGGGCGGCGUGCGCACGGGCGCGGGCGGGCGGGUGCUGGCGGCGCGGGCGCUGAAGCUGCUCUAUUACCUGCGGGAGGACGGCCCCGCGGCGGCCGAGAGCCGGCGGUGGCUGCGGAGCUUCGUGCGGGACGUCCCGGCGGAGCUGGCGGAGCUGCAGCUCGACUCCCUGCAGGUGUCGUACUUUACCUCACUGUCCCGACAAGAGGAGUUUGAUGGGAAUACCAAGAGUGUGAUCCCGCUUUUCUCCAUAACCUAUUUCUUGACAAUAACCUUUUCAAUCAUCUCCUGCCUAAGACUGAGCUGUAUACGAAAUAAUGUCUGGCUUGCAUGCUGUGGAGUGGUCUCUGCCGGUUUAGCUGUAUUAAGCAGCUUUGGAUUGAUGCUCUUCUGUGGAGUGCCAUUUGUGGUCACUGUAGCAAACGCACCAUUUCUUAUUCUGGGAGUUGGUGUUGAUGACAUGUUCAUCAUGAUCGCUUCCUGGGAACAAAGUUUAAGAAAAAAAGAGAAAUCCGGUGUUAAAUCUCUGCUGGCCGAGACUUACGCAGAAGCAGCACUUUCUGUGACCAUCACCACCCUCACAGAUGUUUUGGCCUUCUUCAUUGGCACCUGGACUGCUUUUCCAUCCGUGAGAUCAUUUUGCCUCUACACAGGCACUGCUUUUGUCUUCUGCUAUAUAUAUACCCUGACCUUCUUUGGGGCAAUUAUGGUGUUAAAUCAUAAAAGGGAGCAAGGAAAGCGACACUGGCUGACUUGCAUGCCUGUGGGAGUCGAUGAAGAUCAGGCUGACAAGUCCUGCUUGUACAAUGCUUGCUGUGUCGGCAACUGUUCUAGGCAGUCACCUCAGCCAGAAAGCGAACAUCCUAUGAGCAUAUUCUUUAAGAAGUAUUAUGGCCCUUUCUUAACAAAUAAAUGGGUCAAGCUCCUUGUGGUGGUGCUGUAUGGGGCGUACUUGGGGGGCAGUAUUUAUGGAUGCACUCAGAUCAGGGAAGGCAUUGAUCUUCGAAAUCUGGCAAGUGAUGACUCUUACGUUAUUAAAUACUAUGAUGACGAUGACACAUACUUCUCAGAAUAUGGACCCAGGGUCAUGGUUAUCAUUACGGAAAGUGUAGAUUACUGGAAUGAGACCGUUCGUCUUGGCAUUGAGAACUGCAUGCAGAAUUUAGAGGGCAUUUCCUAUGUGGAUAAGAACUUCACAGAGUCAUGGCUGAGAGUAUACACACAACUUGGUGAAAGUGGUUCAAUAAAUAUAAGCAAUAAGACUCUUUUCAUCAAUAACUUGCCUGCGCUGUUCCAGGUUGUUCCCAAUUUUGAGUGGGACAUUAACAAGACUGAGAAUGAAAUAGAAGCUUCACGUUUCUUCAUCCAGACAGUGAACGUGAGCUCAGCCGUUGAUGAGAAGAAUCUUCUCAAUCAGUUAAGAGAGACAGCCAGGCAGUGCAGUAUUCCACUAAUGGUGUACCACCCUGCUUUCAUCUACUAUGAUCAGUACCUGGUGAUUGUGCAGAACACCAUUCAGAACGUUGUUGUUGCUGCCGGGGCAAUGCUGGUCGUCUCCUUGUUGCUAAUUCCCAACCCGUUGUGUUCCCUGUGGGUGACUUUUGCCAUAGCUUCUGUUAUAGUUGGUGUUGCUGGUUUCAUGACCUUUUGGAUGAUCAAUCUUGAUUCCAUAUCCAUGAUCAACCUGGUCAUUUGUAUAGGGUUUUCGGUCGAUUUUUCUGCUCAUAUUUCCUAUGCAUUCGUGACGAGUGGAGAGUCAUCAGGCAAUAAAAGGGCAAUUGAAGCUCUGUCCCUGCUAGGUUACCCAGUAUUACAAGGUGCAGUUUCUACUAUACUAGGAGUAGUUGUCCUGGCUGCAGCAAAAGCCUACAUCUUCAGGACAUUUUUCAAGAUCAUGUUCCUUGUUAUUUUGUUUGGGGCUCUUCACGGUCUUGUUUUUCUUCCAGUGCUUUUAACUUUUUUUGGGAACUUUGGCACAUCACCCCACAGUACAAAACCCAAUGACAGAUCACCCCACAAUACCCAGUCUACAAACCUAGAGCUUGGGUUUAGAAAUGACAAAGACUGUCCAUGACUAAGUUAGAUGUGAAAUAUCAUGUAUUUAUUGUAUGUAGAAUAGAAUGCAGUGACAUUCAGGGAAUAUAAGUAACCAAGAACAUAAAGGACAGCAAAAUAAAUGCAACAGGGUAGCAAAGGCUUCAGAAAAGCCGGGUAAGAAAAAUAACAGAAGAAACGAAAAUGCACAGAAUAGAUUUUCCCUUCCUUAUUUCUGUGUGUGCCUGUCUAUAAUACAUUAAUGUUGUUAAGGUUUUUUUGUAUGACUUGUUUAUUGAAUGUAUUAAAAUUAUUAAAAUUAUUAUAAACACUGACCACUGCAUCAGCUUAACAUGCCAUGGCAUGACAGGGCAAGGAGUCCCUAGAGAGAAUCAUGCCCUCAUUGAGGGCAUUGUGACAAAACAGCUUAGGUUAAAGCUGGUCAGUCCAAAAACUAAACCCAUAAAUGCUGUUGUGUUCAUCAGUGACUGCCCAUCCUGUGACAGUCAAUAGAGCAGUGGAGCUUCCACUGAAAAAGAGCUAAGAUUAAAUGAGGAAGUCUUUUAUCCUGCAGGGACAAGACAUUGGAUGAAAAGACAACACAUGAUGUGACACCAGUUUAGUGAGCUACCUGUGGGAAAUCAAAUGAGUGACAGGGAUGUUUGUCAUUUUGGAAAAAUUGAUUUACGGGUUAUUAAACUAUUCAGUCCAAAUCUGCAGCUGUGGAGUGUUUCUUCUGAGAAAUGCAGUGAGUGUGACAAAACCAGGGUCUGCCUCUGUUCCCUGUGCAUGAGACCCAAUAAACAGCAGAAUCCUAUUAAUACUUCCUU